AUGUCGACAAACGAUUCAGAGAUUCUCUACAAGCCAUACGACCAAUUCAUUCUCUUUGGCGACUCGAUCACCCAGAACUCGUGUCAAAGAGACCUGGAUUUUGGUUUCUUCGGAGCUCUUCAGGAUGCAUAUAUUCGAAAGCUGGAUGUGAUCAAUCGAGGCUUUUCAGGAUACAACACUGCCCACGCUGUCAAGGUCUUUCCCAAAUUCUUCCCGCAACCUGAGACGACUACGGUCCGGUUCAUGACCAUCUUCUUUGGCGCAAAUGACGCCUCUCUGCCCCGGAAUGCCCAAUAUGUCUCACUAGACGACUACAAAAAGAACCUGCAAACUAUCAUUGAGCACCCAGCAACCAAAGCCCAAAACCCACGGGUAAUUCUUGUAGCACCCCCUCCGAUAAACGAGUACCAGCUGGAGUCAUUUGACGCGAGCAAAGGCUUGCAGCAUCCCAGCAGAACCGCCCACCACGCCAAGUUGUACGCGGAGGCAGCUCGGGAGGUCGGUGUUUCACUAAAUGUCCCUGUGGCUAAUCUCUGGACGGCGUUUAUGAAUGCCACUGGGUGGAAAGAGGGUCAGGCGUUGCCGGGGUCGAGGGAUUUGCCGAAUGAUGAGAAUUUAUCGCGGUUGUUAUCUGAUGGACUACAUUUCACGUCGGAAGGAUACAAAGUCAUGUUUGAUGUGGUUAUGGAGACUAUUCGCAAGAAUUGGCCGGAUCAAGACCCAGAGAAGCUUCCCUUCGUGUUUCCGGGAUGGGUCGACGCUCCCAAAUAA